AUGUUUUGAAGCCAUGCAGAUAUGGAUGGCCAGUUGAUCACUGAAUUGUUUUCUUUUCCGGUGAAGAUGAUUUGAAUUGUUGUUAGAUUGAGCGCCCUGGACGAACAGGUUUCUUGGUCUGCACUUCAGCCCCCCAACUGCAACUGUCAGGUGUCAGAUUUCGUAUCGGUUUGGGGAGAGACGGCGGAGCAUGGAUGACUGCCGUCACAUGACGUGCUCAGUUCUCUUCCAGAAACCAUUGCGGUGCACGGAACGGACGCCACCGUAUGGCUUGUGCUCCCGGCCCCGGGCGCGGGCGCGGCGGGGAGAAGGAGAACCUCACCCCGCGCGCCGCGCGCUCUAUCCACCACUCAAAAAACACGCGACGCCUUCGCUUGCCUUUGCCUUCGUCGAGAAAUCGCGGUCGCGCCACCGCGACUUCCACCGCAAAUCGCACGCAAAAAUCCCACUUGCCUCCCCGCCGUGCCGCCGCCGCCGUGCCAUGGCGCCCGCCUCGCUUCCGCUCUCCCUCCCGCGCGCGCCCGGCGCGCCUCUCCCGCCGCCAGCCAGCCCCGGCACCAGCGUCGCCGCCUGCUCCCACCUUGCCGCGCCGUCGCGGGGCACCCGGCGGAGGAGAGGGCCGAGCGUCGCGCUCGCCGGGCGCCAGGGCGGCAGGUGGAGGGCGGGCGUGUCGUCCUUCCCCUUCCUCCCGUCGUUCUUCACGGGGAAUAAAGGGGAGAAGGACGCCGAGAAGGCGAUGAGGCUCAAGGAGGAGCUCCUCGCCGCCAUCGCGCCGCUCGACCGCGGCGCCGAGGCCACGUCCGAGGACAAGGAGCGCGUCGAGCAGAUUGUUCAGCAGCUAGAGGCGGUCAACCAGGUGAAGGAGCCGCUCAAGUCCGAUCUCCUCAACGGCAAAUGGGAGCUUCUCUACACCACGUCCACAAGCAUACUGCAACCACAGAGGCCAAAGUAUCUGAGGCCAUUUGGGAAGAUCUACCAAGCAAUCAACGCCGACACUUUGAGAGCCCAAAACAUGGAAACCUGCCCUUACUUUAAUCAGGGAACGAAAGGCUUUACUGCUUUCUUGUGGCAUGUAGCUGAGAGCCUGAGAUCUUUCUUAUGUGUAAUGGCCAAGCAAUUCUGGCAAGUUACUGCCAACUUGGUACCUCUUAAUCCUAGAAGAGUGGCAGUUCAGUUUGAUUACUUCAAGAUAUUUAGUUUGAUCUCAAUCAAAUCGCCUGGAAGCGGUAAAGGUGAACUAGAAAUUACUUAUCUUGAUGAAGAGCUCAGGGUUUCAAGAGGAGACAAGGGAAAUUUGUUUGUAUUGAAGAUGGUUGACCCAACAUACAGAGUUCCAUUGUAAUAAUGUUAAAUGAUAACACUUUUUGCAAUGCAGUCCUUAAAAAAUAUGUCAGUAUAGAUUUAGGUGUCAGCUUUAUGUGUAACAUUCCCUGCGGUAACGUAAUGCCUGUAAAUAUUAAAGAUUCUACUUGAUACGUGGGAAUCCCAUUGGAACCGGCUACAGGGCCCAAUAGUUAAGCAUAGCUGAUGUAGAACAUGCCUCAUGAAAACUGAAAUAUAUUGAUGCUUGCAGAAGUCUAUUUAGUCCAA